AAAAGAAAAUUCCCCCCAUUAUUCAGUCUUUGAUACCAGUUGCAGUGUGUUGGGGGAUACUGUUGAUAAUCAUGGCUCUCCGUAUCCACUUUACCUCUGUCAUUUCCACCAUGCUGAGUGAUCAGAUGAAAGGUUCAGAAGAAGCUGUCCAACAGUGCAUAAAUGUCAUCAACAACCUCUCCUUCACCAAUAAUAACUUGAAGAGGGACCAGAGCACUCAAGACAUCCAGAUAGAAGAACUGGCACAAGCCAAUGCUGUCUUAAAGGGAAAAAUCACACAACUGAGUGAAGAAAACCAACAGGUGAAAGCUGAAAACCAACAGGUGAAGGACGAAAACCAGAAGGUGAAAGCUGAAAACCAACAGGUGAAGGACGAAAACCAAAAGGUGAAGGACGAAAACCAACAGGUGAAGGACGAAAGCCAAAAGGUGAAGGACGAAAACCAACAAGUAAAGGACAAAAACCAGCAAGUGAAGGCAGAAAACGAGCAGGUGAAGAAAGAAAACGAGCGGCUAAGGGUAGAAAACCAGUCGCUGAAGGAAGGACAACAGGCAACUACACGAAAUUGGCGAACAGAUAACCCAAAAGACCAUAGUACAACAGGAGAGUAG